AUGUCAACGGCACCUGCCCCGGCAGCGAAUCAAUCGGCAGCCACAUCUGCCCCGCAAAUGGCAGACGCGCAAAAUGGAGCCCAGUCUGGGAAUGGCGACCUGGUGCCUGUCAGCUGGGACUCCGAGAUCCAGCUUGUGUCAUCUCUAGCAAAACUCCAAGAACUGGAACGGAAGAUCCAUGAACUACGCGCAAUUCUACCCCAGGGUCUCCUGGAGCCUUUAGUACCAAUAUCCAAUCCCGACAAAGCCACAGCCGACAACACCAUCUCAUCAUCACCCCGCCACCUACUAAACGACCUGAACCAAACAGCUCGCGCUCGCAUCGCCGACGUCGAGCAGUUCCAAUCCAUGUGGCGGGGCCCAGAGCUUAAGCCCGUCUGGGCUCACGUGGAGUCUCGGAUCAGCGAGUCGAAUGGCCAGUUACUGCAGUCCACGGGGAAAUGGGAGAAGGAUUACGACGAGCUGCGAGAUGAGCUUCUCAAGGAAGAGAGGGAAAAGGAGGAGCAGCGGCUGCGUGAGGAGGAGGAUAUUGAGCGUGUGAAGGCACAGUCGACUGAGGGUCAGUGGCAGGCUGUUCUUGACAGGUUUAUUCAGAGGGAUGUCCCUGGUGUGCGCGUCAUCAAGGGUCAGGAUCAGAUGGAGAUGACGGUGGCGCUUACGAGGGCGGGCAUUUUCUUUUUAGUCCAUGGGUCUAGUGAACCUGGUGAGGCCGCUGUGUCUGAUUGGCAGGUCUCGAGCAAAGUUGCUUCUGGGAAAUCGAGAACGAAGCUCGAGGAUGCUAUACUGGACUGUUUGGGCUCGCGGCCCCGGAAGUGGGAUCUGGCUUUCUUGCUGGACAUGAUCGCCUCAUAUGCAGAUAUAAAACAGACACCAUGUAUCAAAUGCCAGCGCCUAACGAACAACGCCGCCCAGCUACCAACCUUGCGCCGCGCCCAACCACUUCAUCCAACCAGCGAACCACGCAUUUUCAACUUCGACGCUCUACAUUCAACCUGUGCCUGA